CUCCCCCGCCUCCGCCUCCGACCCCCCCGCCGGCUGCACCGCUCCCCCGCGCGCCCCAGGUUCCCCCGCCCCGGCGCCCUUACCCGGCAGGGGGAUUUUGCUCCGAUGGGGUCGAGCCCCGCGGCCGUCGCGUCCCCGGAUCCGGGGCCGGACGGCGUGCCCAAGCAGGAUUCUGCUGCCGCCGCGGGAGAUUCUGAUGUGACCAUGGCGGAGGCCUCCGAGGAGGUUGCUGCUGCCGCUGAGGUCAAGGAGGAGGGGGCUGCCCGGGAUGCCGCGCUGGCGGCGGGUGCUGGUCGAGAUGCGCCAGAUGCUGGCCUGGAAGAGGCAGAUGCGGCGGCGGCCGCCGCGGUUGAUCCGUUGUACGCCACGGAGGCAGCUGGCAUGGUUGUCGCAGAAGGAUGUGUCGAUGGUGAUUCCAUCAACGGGCUUGGGCUUGGAAGCGGUAGCAGCGACAACAAGGCUGGAGCUUUUACCGGCGAGCCUGAUUGGGAGCUGGUCACAGCAGCAGAUGUUGCUGGUGCUUCUGCUACAUCUGAGCAAGCCGAAGCCGAAUCCGGUGAACUCGGAGGAGAAUAUCAUGUCAAUGCAACCCCUGUGGCAGGAAAUGAAGGACAGGAUAAUGGUGUGGCACAUUUCGAGGAGGAGAUACAGAAUGGCUUGGCAAUUUCUGCUCAGUGCGCCAGAUACAGCCUUCCUCCUCUUGAUAAAGAAGGCUUUCGAGUUUCUGAUCUUGUCUGGGGUAAAGUAAAAGGUCACCCUUGGUGGCCUGGUGAGAUCUUUGAUCCUUCAAAUGCAUCUGAGCUGGCAUUGAAGCACCAGAAAAAGGAUAGUCAUUUGGUUGCAUAUUUUGGUGACAACACUUUUGCAUGGUGCGACGAAUCCCAGUUGAAGCCUUUUGUAACAGACUAUUCACAGAUGGAGAAACAGAGUAGUUUGGAUUCCUUUGUAGGUUCUGUCAAUUAUGCACUUGAAGAACUUUCAAGGCGGAUUUUGUCAGGGAUGAGCUGUGCUUGUCUGCCAGAAGAACUCUCUGACAGUGGAAUGUCAUAUAUGGUUGAGAAUGCUGGGCUCAAGGAUGGAGUUACUUGCUCAACAGUCAACCGGUCUGAGAUCUUGGCAUCUUUUAGUCCAGAAAGCCUUCUUCGUUAUGUUAGGUCGCUAGCUCUGUUCCCUGGCCAAGGUGGUGAUCUCCUAGAGUUAGUGAUAGCUUGUUCUCAACUUACAUCUUUCUAUCGAUCUAAGGGAUGCCCUGAACUUGCAUCCUUCCAGACCGGUAGUGCAUGGGUCGAGGAUGAUACGGAUACUUCUCCCAUCGAGGAUGUAGUGGUUGAGGAAGUUGUCGUCAGUGAAGUGCCUCCUCCAGAGGUCAAGCCCAAAAGAGGCAGGGGGAGACCUCGUAAACACAAGCCUGAGGAUAAACUGGAGUUGCCAGGGAAACAGAAGCCUGCAGUUGCAGCGGAAAGACAAAUGAUCAAGGACUUUGAUGAUAAGAAAAGAAGUCUUGACUCGUUUGAAGAUUUGGAUGCAAAGUCACCAACUGGUGGUUCUUUCAAGAUUGGAGAGUGCAUUCGGCGAGCUGCAAGCCAGCUGACCGGGCCUUCGCCAAUUGCAAAGUCCCAGAAUGAAAAUACCGCUGAAGCAGAGAAUGCAGAAUUUGAUGUCUCUAGUGAUGAUGCUGCGAAUGAACUUACUGUGGAAAAGUGCGCAAAGAGGAGACGCUUGCAUAGCCAUCACCUUGCGGACCCCAAGGAGUUAUUCUCUCAGCUUUGCUCGGUUGCCAUAGAGCCAACGGAUGGAUACAACUUCUCGGCACUGACAAUCAGUUACUUCAGUGAUUUCAGGAAUUAUGUUGUCUCUGUUGCUACUGAAGCAAGCAUUAUCGAAAAAAGUACAACAAAGAGGAGGAGAAAGAAGAGGGUUUUGCCUUCUCCUGAGCUAGAGACUACUGAUCAUAUGCAGGACUCCUACUGGUCUGGUUUGAGUUUGCUUAAUCACCCGAUUCAUAGCCUCAAAAGAGCUUCUACCAACACGAGGCCAAGGCGUAGGCGCAAGUCAUCACAUGAAACAGAUUUGUCCUCUGUACAGGAUCAGCAGAUGGCUCCUAAGAAAGAGAUACAAGUGGCUCCUAAGAAACAGAUACAAGUGGCUGCUAAGAAGCAGAUACAAGUGAUAGAAAGAUCAAUUAUCCAUGUUGACGAAAAGAUAGUUGACGAGUGGAAGCCCACUGCACUUGUUUUAAGCUUUGGCAGGUCAACUGAUCUUCUCUCAGAAACUGAUCUGAUCAAGAAAUUCGGUCGCUAUGGCCCACUAAAAGAAUCUGAAACUGAAGUGCAAAGGAGCACAAAUACUAUUAAAAUUGUGUUCAAGAAGCGUGCUGAUGCUGAAAAGGCUUUCAGCGCUGCUGGGAAGUAUGGCACUGUUGGUCCCUCGCUUCGUAGUUUUCGUCUAGUGAAUAUGCCGUUUUCUCUAGGAGAGUCAGAACCGAAUAAAUCUGAGGCAUGCCCUGGAGAUCAUGGCCCAAAGCUUCCUGGUCCAAGUGAGCCCAAAGUUUCACUGGAUGCUGUGAAAGAUAACCAGGUCAACAAAACUGAGAAAGCUGAAGUUGUACAGCCAUCAUCAGGUGAACAAGUUGAGACUGUCAAGAAAACAUGCCAAGCUGAACCUGUAAAGCAAUCAUCAGGUGCACAAGUUGAGACCGUCCAGCAAGCAUGCCAACCUGAAGCUGACGCUGUUAAGAAAGCACGAAAAAUUGCUGCUGAGCUAACUGGACCAUCUGACCAAAUUGCAACAGCUGAUGUAACUGAGCAAACAACGGAAAAUCAAGCUCCAAAAGAUGCAGUUGAAAUUCCUUGUGAUGUGAAGCUGGAGGAUGAAGCAUUGACUGAAGAAUCUGUAGAUCAAGUUGUAACUGAGCAAGUCAAAGUUCCAUCAGAUGCUGUACCCGACACUUCAAAAGUUCAACCAGAAACACCAGUCAAACACGUGGGUACAGCAGCAGAAGCAGACACUGCUAAAGACCUAACUGAAGUGUCAGUCCAAGAAGCUGGGUUGAAAAAGCAAACCGUGGAACCCAAAACUGCUGAAAUAGAACCAGAACAAGUCAGCUGUCCCGAGCAAACUGUUCAAGUGGAAGAUGUAAUCGAUGCAUCAGGUGGACACACCAAUGUGGACAGAAAAACUGCAGAAGAGAUAACUAUGACUGUCGUGUUUGAGGGAGCUGUGGAGUCAGAAGCUGUAGCACCAGUUGAGGAAACGGUAGAAAAUAAAGCUACUGCAGGGACACUUGGGGAGGCACCAGGUGAUGAAAUGGAAAACAGGGAUGCAGCUGAAUCACUGGGUGGGGAGGUUGGUGUAGGUGAAGCCACAGGCGAUUCACCAGAUGAGAGAGUUGCUGUUGAAGCACUUGCUGGUAUGUCCACCCAAGGUGAAACGACUGCCGAAGCAGCUGAUGCUGAAAUUACAACAACUGGAAAAACUGCAGAGGGUGUCGGUGUUCAAACACGAGGUAAGAAGGCUACAACAGCCAAGAAACCUGUAGAGAGUGCCACGGCUGAAGCACCAGGUAAGAAGGCUACAACAUCCAAGAAACCAGUGGAGGAUGCCACGGUCGAAGCACGGGAUGAGAAAGCUGCGACAGCCAAGAAAAAAACGGAGGGUGCCACGGUUGAAGUGCCAGAUGAGAAAGCUAUGACAGCUGAGGAGGACGCCAUGGCAUAGGCGGCUGAUGGGCAGGUGGUGCAACUGAACAGAAAGGCUAGCUAGCUCACGGCGAAUUCUUGUUUCUGUCGGUAUCAAGGUAAUCUAUCUGCCCGACCGGUUCUCCCCAUCAGGAUGCCAUGUUUUGUAUAGGAAAAGACGGCAGUCUGUCUGACCCUAGCAUCGCAGCGCUGUUAGGUUAGCUAAGGCAGUAGCAUAUAUUUGGCCCCUUUCACAUAAGCUCCAUCAAUCAUCUAGGGUAUUGGUGUAACCAUAAAGCGGAGCUGUUGCGGAACUUCGGUUGGUGCGGCUUUUCCAUCUGGUUAAUUAGCAUCCUGAAUCAGGUAGGCAAAGCCAUGUUCUUUCGUAUGCACAUUUUAGUGUCGGGUUGUCAGCAACCCUAUCGGUUGAAUCUGCUGGGACAUCAUAUGAUUCUUGUAUGAAUUGUCAUUUGUAAACUGGUUGUGUUCUGGAGCUUGUUUCUCCCCUCUUUUUUUC